GCGGUACACGCGCUCAGUGCGCUGCUGAGCGUCGAGCGGUGACGAACGGAAUCGGAGAAGGUGAAGAAGCAGAUCCGGAGUAUACGGGGCACCCGAUCGAUCGUCAACGCACUCGCCGCGCCGCGCGGGUCUUCUUAUCGGUGUGCGAGAGGAGGCGAUCGCGGCGGGAGUGAUUGCGGGUGUGAACGCUUCUCGCGGAUCGUACCUCGCACACGAUGCGCGACUUCGCGGGCGUCUUCUCGGUAUCGGACUCGCAUUACCGGUGCGGCAGCGGAUAACUCCGGAUCCCGGGGCGGAGUGCACCGCGGGAUCGGCGUCUCUCGUGACUCGGGAUCGGGGGCUGUGUAUCACUGCACGGGUGCGUCGCACUCGCGACUCACGGUUGACGUAUAUACUCCCGAAUCGGGUGGACGUGGGACUGGUGUUUUUAAAGUGCUAAUCAGUUACGCAGAUGCCGAAGUUCCGAACCCCCACGACGGUGUGAUCUCUCGGCUGCCGACCGAAACGUCGCCUGCCGUCACGCGGACUUCGGCUCAGCAUCAUGGACUAUUCGAAGAAAGUGACUGGACCCGAGAAUGGAACCGACCAGGAACAGGAAACGCAAAUUGAUGUUGCAUCACCAUCAUCAAGUGUUGAGCUGUCGGAGAAUGGCGCGCAUCCAUGCCCGACGUGCCCGUCGGUAUUUUCCAAUUCCCACGAACUGACGAAUCAUCUGCGCGGCCACAAUUCACCUCGCAGCACAGACUGCAGCGGCGAGGAGGACUACAGCUGCGGCGUAUGCAACAAGGUGCUCAGCUCGGCGAGCUCGCUGGACCGGCACGUGCUGGUGCACUCGGGCGAGCGGCCGUUCAAGUGCAAGUAUUGCGACAUGUCUUUCACGACGAACGGCAACAUGAAUCGGCACGUGAAGUGCACCCAUCGGAUGGUGUCGCCGAACAGCUGCACGGAUUCCGAGGGCAGCAGCGGCUCGGAGAGGCCAGCGGCGACGAGCCAGGACGAGUACAAUAACAACGAGAUAGCCAGGCAUAACUCAUCAGACCUGAUCGACGAUCGGGAGCAACCGUCGCCCAACAACCGCGCGAACAAGCGGAAGUGCCCGGACGAGGAUGUCAGCGACGUGGAGGACCAGAGGAAACACAAGAUCCUCCUGAACAACACCAAGAUGACGAUCAAGUACCGACCGGAGGACGAGCAGAAAGCCUUCGGCUGCCCGAUCUGCGGCCAGGAUUUCGCGAGCAGCGCGAUUCUGGAGUCCCAUAUGGAGCGCGUGCAUCCGGGCGCCCCGGCUACGUGCGAGGCCUGCAACCUGUCGUUCAAGAAUCAUCGCGCACUGAAUCUUCAUCGUUCGAUGAGACACUACAAGAAGAGCCCGGAGGGCAGCAACAGCCGUAGCCUGCGCAACACCGUCGACGGUUUCAAGGAUCUGACCUUCAUCGACUUCUCGUCCAUCAAGUUCCCGACGAUCGCCCGGACGGUGUGCGAGCGCGAGCUGCACCGGCCGGCCUCCGGCGAGACCAACAGGUUCCAGUGCAUGAAGUGCCUGCACGCGUUCCCCUGCAGGCAGGCACAGCUGGCCCACGAGAAGGAGUGCAAGGGCCCCUACAAGAACAAGAGAAACAGCAAUGACAACAAUAAUAACAACGACAUCAGUACUAACAACAAUCUCGAGACAGAGCUGGACGAUUCGAGCCCGCAGCCCGACGAUCUCAAGACGAAGCGCGAGAUCUUCUUCGCUGUGCUGGACCUGCAGAACAAGUCCUUGGCGCGAGAUGAGAUGAAGGAGCCGGCGACGCGGGAACCGAGCGAAGUCAGGGAGUCGAAAGAGAUCAAGGAUUUAGCGGAUAUCCCGAGCAUCCUGUCCGUUAGUCUGAACGGACUGCAGACCUUCCCUCGAUCGGACGCGAGCACGCCCGAGAAUAACAUCAAGUUCAAUCCGAACGUCGGCUCGUCAGGUUCCUCGGGCACCUGUUCGUCCGAGUACAACGAAGAGGAGGCGCAGGACGCCUUCACCGCGGAAUUCCGGAAGAUGAAGCUGAAGGGCGAGUUCCCGUGCAGACUGUGCACAUCGGUAUUUCCCAAUCUGCGGGCGCUGAAGGGACACAAUCGCGCGCAUAUGAACGUGGAGCCGGGCAUGUCGUAUCCGUGCAAUAUGUGUCCGUACACCAGCACCGACAAGGGAGCCCUGAUGAAGCACCUGAGAUCGCACAACGGCGAUCGGCCGUUCGAGUGCUCCCUCUGCAAUUACGCGUUCACCACCAAGGCGAAUUGCGAGAGGCACGUGAAGAAUCGUCACGGGAUGAUCAGCAAGGAGGACGUUAAGAACGCACUGAUCUAUCAUCCGAGCGAGGAUUCGACGAACGACAACAUCGAGAGAAGCUCACCUAGGGUCGUCAGGGAAGACGUGCGGAAGACGCUUAUUUAUCCGAACGAGCGCGAGGAGGCUACCCAGCAGCAGCAGCAGAUACAUUAUCCGUCUAUAGCGAUGGAUUGUCCUGGACCGUCAAACAUCCGCGCCGAGAUACUGAUGAAUCACUAUGAUAAGUCGGACACGUUCACCAGAGUGAAAACGCAGGCUCUCAAUCUUGUCAAAAGAAACGGAGACGAAGCAAGUCUAUCUCACGAUUUGAUCGUGAAAUCUAAUUACUCGAAGAUCGACGACGAUGUCGAGUCGGGAUCGUCGGACGGCAGCGUGUCUCUAGUCAGUGAUACCAAAACGGAUACACACCAAAGAAUUCAAGCUAGUCCGAUGAACCUGACGAAACCCUCGACAAGCUCCGGGUUGAGCUCGGGGGAGGACGGUCCGUUGGAUCUGUCCAUGGACGUGUUGGAUCUGAGCAGGAAGCGGAAGAGGGAAAACGACGAUUCCGGCUUGCAAGAGGAGAAGCGGUUUAAGAACAGCCAGCAGGAAUUGUACGCCACGAAUCCGGCGCUGCUGCUGACCCAGGCCCUGCUGAACAGAGCGCGCGAGAGCUCGCCGACGACGUCGCUGGAGACUCUAUACGCGAAUACUAUUUAUCGCAAUUUCGGCACGUUGACCGGUGCCGGCAUGAUAUCGCCGUACUUCCUCGGUCCUCACAUGUUCAGCCAGGAACUGGCCGCGAAGGGCAGGCUGCAGAAGGAGCUGGUUAGGGGUUUGCAGCUGACUGGUGGCGGCACACUCUCGGUUGAUCCGUCACUGCCCAGCACCAGUUACGCGGCGUAUCCGCAAGCGAGGGACACCCCGCAAACCACGAACGAGCAAAACGCUUAUGCGAAUCUGAUGAGCGCGCAGAUCACCAGCCAGACCACGCCGAGCCGCGAAAAACCGGACGUUAUUCCGUCGAACGAUCCCGUGAAGAUGGUACUCAAGAACGGAGUGCUGAUACCCAAGCAGAAGCAGCGCAGAUACCGGACCGAGAGACCUUUUACCUGCGAGCACUGCACGGCGAGAUUCACACUGAGGAGCAACAUGGAACGGCACAUCAAGCAACAGCAUCCGCAGUACUGGAGCCAGAGGCCCCGCGGCGGACAUUCGACCAGAGGCAGACCACCCGCGAGCCAUCCGACUAUGAAUACUGGCCCAUCGACCUCGCAAGUACCUCAACCAUAUUCGAGCAUUCUUCCGAAUGUCGACACGCCGGUCACGUCGACGGACUACGGCACGCAUCCCAUCUCGGAUCAAGUAAAAUACGCGAUUCUGGCGCAACAGCUGAAGGCUAAUAAAAUAGAAGACAAUGAAUCGGACGACGAAAUGGUGAUAGACGAGGAGUCAGCCGAUCGGGACGCACAGGAGUCGCAAGCUCAACGUGAGCCUAGCACGAGCUUGCUGAGAGAUCAGUUGGAAAGUAGCGAAGGUGUCAAGGACAUCGUCGUAAAGACGGAAGCGGCCGAGCCCGCGGAGGAUACCUCGGAGGAGACCCACGGCGAAGAAACUGCACGAAGUAAGAUCGACAAUCCGGAAGAAUCCGCAACGGCUGAAAGCAACUCAGUACGCGCUGAGGAAACGAUCACGGCCGAAUCCACCGAGAAGGAGCAAGGCAAACUCGAAGACGGAACGCCCGACCUCGCUAGUGUCUCGAAGCUCUUGGACAAUGCGUCUCAGCAAUACCAGCAAUUUCAGCCGCAAUACCUGAGCGACGAGGAGGGCCCCGUCGCGUCGACCAGCGGCAACAAUUCCGGCAGCGAGAAGUCCGACUCUAUGAACUCCUUGAACUCCGGGAAUGAUUCCUCGUCAAACAAGAAGAGGAAAAAGAAGAAGAAGUCCGCGUACUCGAUGGCGCCGAACCGCGUCGUGUGCCCGUACUGCGAGCGUCAGUUCCCGUGGACCUCGUCGCUGAGACGACACAUUCUCACCCACACCGGCCAGAAGCCGUAUCAGUGCAUCCACUGCUCGCAUCACUUCACCACCAAGUCCAACUGCGACCGCCACCUGCUGAGGAAGCACAAGGCGAAGGCGAACAAGAUGCGCCGCGCCAGGAACUCGUCCUCGCCGGACGUCCAGGUGGUCGCCAGCAGCAGCAGCAGCAGCAGCAACGGCAACAACACGUUCUCCAUGAGAAACGUGCCCGAGAGGCCGUUCAAGUGUAAUCAGUGCCCGAGCUCGACGUUCGCUACGCUGGGCAAUCUGAAGAAACAUCGAUCGAGCAAGCAUCGCAAGACCGCGUCCAGGUCAGAGUCCAGCGAUCAGCAGAACAGUCCGCCGCAGUGCGCCACGCAGAACGACCAGAGCGAUUACGAGAGCCGCUCGUCGAGCAUGUCCGACAACAUGGAGAACACGCCAUCCACCGUCGCGGCCGCGAAGCCAUCUUCCAACACGUCCCCCUCGAUAAACGACACCACCAGGUCGCGCAAAUCGCCGAGAUUGUCGCCGAGCCCCGGUGAUGUACCCUUCAAGUGUUACCUAUGCGACAGCGGCUUCUCGGAACGCCAGGAUUGCUUGGACCACAUCAAGAUGAAUCACAAGCGCUCGUAUGAGAUGCUGAAGGCCAAAGGCGCCCUCGACAUGGCGUCGAUGAACAUAGACGCGACCGAAGAUCAGAUGUUGGCGUCGCACCAGCAUCCCAGUGACGGAGAGGAGAAGAAAGGACGUUUUCCCGAUUACAGCAACAGAAAGGUUGUGUGCGCUUUCUGCAUGAGACGGUUUUGGUCCGCGGAGGAUCUCCGGCGUCACAUGAGGACCCAUACGGGCGAGAGACCCUUCGAAUGCGACAUCUGCACUAGGAAAUUCACGCUCAAGCACAGCAUGCUGCGCCACCGUAAGAAGCACGAAUCGGUGGACUCCGCCAUGUACAUAGGCAACAGCGGUGACGAGGAGAACUCGCCGGCGCAGCCGCCGACGAUAACUCCCAGGAGUCAGCAGCACUCGCCGAUCUCCACCAACACCCGGCCUCGCACCCAGGACAGGAUGUCCCUGCCGACCGUCGCGGCGGUGGCAACGGCUGACGCGGCGCCCUGCGCCCUGAUGCGGUACAAUCACUACGACAACAUGGCCACCCUCACCGGGAGAAUGGCGAACGAUGGUUCCCAGGGCGCCGCUCCCGCCCCGCCUUCCCCGCCGCCACCGGCGGAGGUGCCCAGCGAGAGCGGGGACAACGACCUGAUCUCCAACUUGCUGGGGAUACGCGAGAAAGGUUUGCUCGACAAGGUCCUUCUGAGCUCGGCGGACGAUGCGGCGAAGCUGUUGGGGGUGAACCACAGCGAGUGA